GAUUAUUUUCCAGGAACACAAAUGUUUUUAUUAUUAUUAUUAUUAUUAAUUCUUUUUUAGCUGAAGCAGUACACUUUAUGUCAGAAGACAAUACUAACCCUUCAUGAUCGUAUUUUCAUGAAAUAACGUUAGUGUAAACUUCACCCUAUCUCUUGUAUAUGCAUUCAUUGUCAUUAAUACAAUGAAUUUAAUGUUUCAUUUCUGGAUUGCUCCCAGCUGUACUAAAAAGAAAAAAAAUACUAUGUAUUAAAUGUAUCGUAUAAUAUAAUAGAAUAAUAUGUAACUUCUAUUUUCAUAAAAUGUUGGUAUUCUUAGCAUUAUUUAUUUUAAGUUACUAUUAUUUUCUAUAUUUCUAUAUUUACAUUUUACAUACUCCAACUUCAGUGGAAUUGGGGACAUAUUAUAUUUUAUUCCCUGCCUAAUAUGACGCAAUUUAGAAGCAAUUUUAAUUACUGUGAAAAAUUCCAUUAAUGUAUUCAGAUGUUUUAAUCUCAUUAUCGCAUCCAUUUAAUUGCAAGGGGUUUUUCUUUUUUUUUGCACUCGUGGAAAUGUUUAUUGCAUUUCUUUAAAGAAAUUAUACAUUGAUCAAAUAAUCAAAUGAAAGCAUGAUCCUUAAAUGUUCAUUCACUGAUUUAAUUUUAUACUCAUAUAGUGCCACAAAAAAUAGUUAUUUCAAAUAACACCUGAGGGCUAUUCAGUCAUGAUUUACGGGUUGUGUCUUAGUUAGCCAGGCAGAAGUGAAACUUUUGUAAUGUAACCACCAGGGGACGUUUCCUUUGAGAAAUCAUUUUGCGCUUGAGCGUAUAAGGUCAAAUCUGCAUCAUUCAAAAGAUAAAUGAGUUGGGAUCAUUUGGAUGAAUUCACUUUACUGAUCGGUGAGACUUUUUCUAAAAUGUACAGCACCUUGACUGCUUUUAAGAAUCCUCAAAAGGAAAGUUCCAAUGAAAGAGCUCAGGAAACACAAGAAGGCACUUCAGUGUAUUAAUAAUGAAGGUCGUGCUUAGUCACCUUCCCAUGCAAACAAGGGGCUGUUGCAGCUUGGAUGAUGUUUCAUAACCACAAUAGUACUGAAUCGCAGGGUUUCGUAAUAAUUCUUCUGUGUUUGAAAUUCAUUUCAACUGAACAAAAGAAACUUGUCGAUUUCUUUUUCACAUAAUUAAAGAAUGCAAGAAAUGAGCACAAACAAACAUAUUGAUCGAUACAUUUUUGGGAUAAAUGAUGCUUGAGGCUCUUAAAAGACCCUGAGUGAUAGUGACAAUUACUCUGUUAUGGGUCAGGACACCUGAACUGGGCUUGCAAUUCAAUAGUGUUGUCCUAGAGAGGCCUCUCUGUUGCCAAGCAGCAACUGAUAACAUUGACGAUGGGAUCAGGUUGAACAAGCCACCAUCCAGCUUCAUGGACAGCCGUAAUUCAGGUGCUUGCUUCAGUUAUCUUCCGAGAGAGGAAUAUGGACCUCAGAGAGAAGCGUUGGAUUGUUUAGAGGGAUGUUUAGGAAGAUCAACCAUGUGUUCCGUCCCAAUCAUCACGGGAAAAAAGAGCAGGAUGGCUUGGGGCCAGAUUACCACAGCGCCUGCACUGUCAGGUUGGUCCGCAGUACCUCCAUGCUGGUUGUGGGAGAGAGGACCCAGUCUUCUGAGGGUGCCACGUUGAAACGGAGCAAGAGCACCGUGAGCGUGGAGUCCAACUUGUACUACUACCACAGGCACGAGGACCGCGUGUGGCUUUACUCCCAUGAGCAGAACUGCCUGGAGUAUCUGCAAGCGUUGGUGGCUCUGCGGAGACGCUACACAAAGAGUGUGAGCGACUUGAAUAAAGGUGAUAUCAAAGCCAAUGUGUCUUCCAAGAAGAAAGUGGCACCUCCGGCACCGCAAAAAAAAAUUGUAUCGAGAGCAACGCCGUCGGCUCCACCCAUACCCAAUGUGGAGGACACGCUGCAAUUUCUAGACGAGGUGAUUGCGAGUUGUGACAGUGAACCUCAUCGCAAACCUUACUUGGAUGACGGCCACGCCGACGUGGACUUUAUAGUGGCGUCCAGCUCAGCAGAACAUGACCUCCACUCCAACUGGGUCUUGAGGGUUCCUCGGGUGGCAGGUGACAGGCAGCAGGAGGAAGUUGUUGUCCGUGCCAACAAAAAAGUCCCCAAUAAAAAAAACAAGAGCGGGUCGACCAGCAGUAGGUUGCGCCUGCAGAGGAACCCCAUCCAUUUGCCCAAAGUGGUGGAGAGCGCCUUGCAGACACUUCGUUUCAAAUCCAAAAACUUCUGAAAAUGCCGGACACUCUUGUGAUUGAUGCUCGUUUGAAUGGAUAGAAAAGUUUUUAAACGUGAACACAAGUUAGUGACAUCUUAAAAAAAAAAUGUACGAGGACAGUUAUGUCCAUCUGACUUGUUUGUUCGUGUCUUGGGCAGAACAAAGAAAACAACUUUACAACGCCCUCUGCUGGAUAUGAUGGGUUGCUAGUUUAUACAAAUGUAUGUAACAAUUUUGAAGACGGACACCUAAAUUUGAGUUUAUUUUGAGGAUAAUGUAUUUUGGGGAAAUUUGUUAGAGAGAAUGUAGGGCCGGAUUUUUCGGACAAUAAAUAGCUCUGAGGACUAGUCAGAAAAAAAUAAUGCAUCAUGAAAUAAAAAAAGAAAACAUGCAAGUGGCUUCGGAGCAUAUGUCACAUUUGCACAAAUUAAAACUUUAAUGACCACACAAUUACUACUCUGCCAAUUUGUACGAGAUAGAAAAUAUUUCCAAACUUCUGUUGUAAAAGAUGUUAAAAAAAAGAAAGAAAAAAGACAAAUGUUCGUCCCCCUUAUUUAGGUAAAGCUCUGGCUACAUAUAUGUAAAAAAAAAAACAAGUAGAACAUUUUUUACUUGUUUUUU